ACGAAAACGGAAGUUGAUACUCGUUGACUUUCCGUUUUUCCGGGACAAUAUGGCGAACCUGGAGCAUGUCGAAGACCAGUCAAAACACGUGAAAAUGCCUGGCGACACCCAGCAGACUUACCCUCAGAAAGCGGCGACUAUGUUUUCCUCUGCUGCGGGGAAUGUUUUCGCAGAGGUUUCGUGUGCUAUCCCAUCUUUUGCGGCCGCUUCCGAACUCGUGUCAACGCCUUACUCGUGUCUGGUGAUGAAGACGCACCGAAGACACGUCGCCCUGCCGCCGAUGUACCUGAACAAGAAGAAAACGGGAUUACAGGGGGAGCUGCAAGCCGAGCUGCUCAAAUUCUCACCGAGGCUUCAAGGUGUACCUCUUGCUUAUGACAAUAUACAGAUUGUGCGCCACUUUGGAGACAUUUACGAUGACAGCGGCUACAUCCACAUGGACAUAGAGGCCAACUUUAUUAUAUUUCAACCUAAAAAAGGACAAAGAUUGCUGGGGAAGGUGAAUAAACUGGGUGUGAGCCACGUAGGCUGCCUGGUGCACGGCUGCUUUAACGCCAGCAUCCCCAAACCCAGUCUGGUCUCUGUGGAUACCUGGUGGGAAGCAGGGCCUAGGAUCGGCUCUGAGCUCGAGUUUGAGGUGAUUGCGCUCGAUGCGGACACUGCCGGUGUGCUCCUUAUUAGGGGAAGGCUGGACAAAACCAGGGUUCAAGAAAUGUUGUCUUUUUCUGAGAGCGGGGAAUUGAGCGUCUCCGUCGACCAGGCCGAGCUAGAAGACACCGCAGUAGUUGCAGAACCCAACGACGAGUUCAUCGAGGAUAACUCCAUCAAGAAGAAGAAGAAGAAGAAGAAAAAAAAGAAAGAUAAAAUCAAAGAAGAGAUAGAAGAGGAAGCGGCUUUGUCGUUCUUCCAAGGCGAUUGUCACGUCACGCUAGAGCCAGAGGAGAAAAAGAGCGGCACAAAAGGUGAGAAGAAGAAGAAGAAAAAGGAGAAGAGGAUAAAAGAAGAAGAGUGUCACACCCCGCUGGAGCUGAACGGAAAAAAGAGUGACACAAAAGAUGAGAAUAGGAAGAAGAAAAAGGAGAAGAGAAUAAAAGAAGAAGUGGAGGUACAGCUCUCUCCCAUGGAAAUCCACACCAGUGACUCCAGCGGUUACCAUAGCGACAAGCCCAAUAAAAAGAGAAAGCAUGAAAAGGAGGAUGAAAUCACAGAAAGUUUUACACAAGAUGCUGGAGAACCAAAGUCCAAGAAGAAAAAGAAGAGGAAAAGUGACGUUUGAAAACUGGAUUUUUAUCUGAUGUGGAGGAAAGGGCUGCAAUUGCCAUACUUGGCCUGAUGGGGGAGCAAAACUGCUUCGCAAAAACAGCACAAGUAGGCUACACGUCUUUGACAUAAUACAAAUACAAUAUGUAUUUUUAUGUGCCUUACAGCUCUCCACAAACUCCCUUAAGAGACCACGUGAUCACCUGCAGUCAAGGAAAAACUUGGGUAAAGGCUGUAAGGGGAUAAGAAUAUUAAGAAUAUUAAUAGUGUAUGUGUGUUUGUUCGUUUGAAUUAAAUCCAGAAGAAUAUGCAAAAUAAAGAAAUUGUUCAAAAAUAGUUU